AUGCCGGCCCCACCGAGCCACAUCACGGCUCAGAGCCUCAAGAGUGCCAAGGGCGAGGUGCUCAAGAGCUGGAUCAUUGCUGCCAAUGAGGCAGCUGGUGUCACGAACUACAAGAGCAAGACGUACCUGUCCAGGACAGGCACCAUCAACGAGCUGCGAGCGAAGCUGGCCGAACACUACAGCAUUGAUCUCGAUGCGCCACCACCUGAUGCUGCGCAGCCCUCGUCAGACCUCACCGAGGGUCCUGAGUCUGCCGUGAACCAGAAGGUUUGCGACAGGCAGUGGGAGCACCUGAUCGAGCUGGCUGAACAAUGGAGGAUCGAAGGUGACAGCUUUCGGCUGAUCAAACCUGUGCCAAUCAACCCACACGAGGCUCACCUUGGUGGCUUCGGGCCAGGCAUGAGCUUCAGUGCCCUUCAAGGGCACGGCACUGUGCUGCCCGCGUUCAGCGCUGCUGCUCCACCUGCGUCGUCGUUCGCUGCCCUGCCUGUGGUGCAGGCCCCUUCUCACUAUGUGCCUGCACAUCUGCCGACACUUUUUAGCCCCACCACCUGGUUGUCGCUGUCUCCAGCCGCUGCACCGCUGUCGCUGCCUUCGUCGUCGUUGCCCUUGUCUCAUUCAAUCAGGUCUCAAAGCUUCAUCGGCCACUCGCCUGCUCCUACGCCUUCGACCUCGAUGCAGCACCUGCCUCCUACCCCCGCCUCCACAUCUGUGUCCUUGCUGUCAGCCUCAGCAUCCAUUCUGGAGAGUUGCUCUCAGAGUGUUGAGGCGCUUGACCACAUCGAUGACCUUCGGCACGCGAUCGACCUCUCAAAGAAUGGCACUGUGGAGGCCUAUCGCAAGCUCUAUGGCAAUGAAGAGAAGCGCCACAGAGCUCUGAACCACGAGAUCUGGAAGCAGAAGCGGGCCAAAGUCAACCGACUCGAGAGGGUGUACAAAGUGUACACUGAUGAGUUUGGCUCUGACGAUGACCGCUUUUUCGCUUUUUUCACGCUCUCGAGUCCAACCUCACACCAGCGCAGUGCAGCCAAGUGGGCUCGCACGAAUGCCCAGACUGUCUACAUCUCAGUCAACAAGCUUGCGACAGCUGCCGGGCGCUGCUACAAAGACAUCAGCGAGGAGAAGCAGAAGAGACAGUACACGAACGAUGACAGCAGCUUCUCGCUUGAAAAGUGGCAUGCGCGAUGGA